CCCAAGUGUGGCACAACGGGCGAUGCUACCCUCUCCGACUGCCGCGCUCUCCUAGACCAGUGGCCAGCUUUCGGAAACUUUGACGCUACUUGCACGUACAGCGUCACGCAGACGGCAUACAACCCCGCCUGCCUUGGAAAUUGCUGUGUUUACACGACGCAGAAUCAGAUGCGUUGGAACAACCGUGAUGACCCGAACGACGGCGCGGACGUCAAGAGCGCAGUACAAGCCCUGCUGGGCUGUGCAAGCGAAGAGAAAAACUCGGUCAAUGGUGUCGUCACCCUCGAUGAGGACAAGGGCGAGAGGGUGUGCAUCGGCGACCGCGCCGCUUGCGGAGACUGCUUCUCCGACUAG